AUGGCCAUGCUGCGUGGAGUCGCGUCCGCCUUCCUGUGGCUCGUGCUGCUGGCGAGCGCAGUGAGCAUCCUCUGCUACCUCGUCUGCACAAGAUUUAAUAGCGAAAUUCAACUCGACGUGGGCCACUCAACGCAGGUGAAUAUCUUCCAUAAGGAGUACGAGGAGCAGCACACCCGUUCCAAGGUGCUUCACGGGGACGUUGUCUUCCUGAAGACUCACAAGACGGCGAGCAGCACCUUCCAGAACAUCCUGUUCCGCUUCGGCGAGAAGAACAACUUGACGUUCGCCUUCCCGAUACAGGGACAUCAGUUUUACUAUCCGCAGGAUUUCAUGGCCUCAUACGUGGCUAUGCCACCGCGUGCCGUCGGUGGCCGCUUCCACAUGCUGUGCAGCCACAUGCGCUUCCACAUGGCCGAAGUUGCGCGCGUGAUGAGUGACAACGCCACUUUCCUAUCCAUCGUGCGCAGCCCAGACACACACUUCGAGUCCGUGUUCCAUUACUAUGAGAACAAUGACCCUGCGUUUAUAGCAGCAAAAAACCACAGCGACCGCGUUAAUAAAGGCCCCUUCAGGACUUUUCUUGAAAGCGCCGAGACGUUUUAUAAACGGAACAGAAAGCGCGGUCCCUUCGGCAGAAACCCCAUGGCGUUUGAUUUUGGGCUCAACCCCAACGCUGACGUGUCGAGUCGUGAAUUCCGCUCCGGCUUAGCGCAACUGGAUGUCGCGUUCGACCUGGUCAUGAUCACCGAGCGCUUUGACGAGUCCGUGAUCUUGGCCAAAGAGAUUCUGGGCUGGGCGAUGGAGGAUGUGGUCUACCUAUCCAACAACAAGCGUGCCAAGAUUCACAACGAUAAGCCACUCGAGCGAGAGGACACGCGUCUGACCGAGAUGAUCCGGCGCUGGAACGCGCUGGACGUGGCUUUGUACGAACACUUCUCGCGUCGCUUUCAGCGCCAGGUGGAGGCGUUCGGAGUGGGGCGAAUGCGACGCGAGGUGGACGCCCUGCGCAGGGAGGUGAGCGCCCGCAGAGAGGAGUGCGUGGCGAGCGAGGUGGGGGUGCACGAGAUCAAGGAGAUGGAGAUGAUGCCGUACGCGCCGGAGUCGGUGGACAUCCUGGGCUUCAACAUGAAGAGCGGCCUAGAGCCGCGGACCCGAGAACGGUGUCUCCGGCUGCUGCUGCCAGAGCCUCAUUACCAUGCGCGGCUCUUCCGGACUCAGCGCCGCUCCUGGAUGGAGAAACUACGUUAUGGGCGCAUUAUAAAUGCAGGCAGUGUUGCUAUGUUAUCCAGGUCGCCUACUUUCGCUCUCUCGAGUAUUCAUGAUUGAAAUGCUAAUCGGCAUUUUACUACAUUGCACAUUCAUGUUGAUGGAUGAGCGUUAAUGGGACAAAUAAGAUUAAAUUUUACUUUGGCCAAUUCCAUUAAUCCAUGUCUUUCAUAUGGGAGAAAUAAAAUAAAAAGUAUUGUGCCUCGUUAGCUUAAUGGAAAAUUUGUAUCAACAUCGUUGCAAUACAUCAAUGAAAUUCACAAAUGAAAUUGCUUGAAGAACAUGUGGGCUUCAGCAGGGACGCAACGCUCGAAAGGACGAUAUUCGGCGGCCAAAAGUUGUUACGAAGUGGCAGCUAAGGGGAGGAACGCGUGCGGGAGGAAGUCCACCGAGAUGGAGCUUUGCAAUCGGCUCGUGUGCAAGUGCUCGGCGGAUUGACACAUUGCGUGCGUGCGGGAGUUGUCAGCGGCCUGGGAAGACCCUCGUCCAGUAAUGGAUUGAACCUUGGCUUAUAAUGAUUACGAAGUAACAGCGGUGUCUUGGUUGUCUUAAGGUCGUUAGCAACGAUCUUAGCGUUGUUUGAUGAUGCAGCGUGGGUGUCUCAGCGUGAGGUCGGAGUCACCAAUUUGGCCCCUAACUUGUUCAUCCCAUGCAGAUCGCGAUUCGAUCAUUUGUCACGAUUCCGAGUCGCGACUUUCUUCACGAUUCAUCUGAUUCUGUAGCGCAUCUGUAACCAGCCGCCUGAGUCACAUGAACCAUGUAUGUAUGUUGAACUUCUUUCGCACCGUACGUAGCCAACCGUGCUCAUACAAGG